AGUACUUCCAAUUCUAAGGCAUUGCCGUUUUAUUUAUUUUUUUAUUUUUUGUAAUUGCAUAGUGAUAACGAUUGAUAGAUCCCGCCUACACACGAAAGGCUGGAUUGACGUUUCAUUCGAGGGAGCGCCCGCAGCUUUGGUUUCUGAAUCAUGCGAGAGCAGUGCUGCUACUAUUCCCGGAUUUCAUAGCGAGUCGCUUCCUGGAGUGCUCGCUGGGUGCCACGGAGAUCUUUGUUGUCAGAAAGACAACUUAUUUUUAUUUUUUGACAUGCCCGUCACAUGUAUCGGAUACGCAGACAGAUGGGAUUAGUAAUGUUUUGGUUUAUUGGAUUGCUUUUAAUGAUCACCUGGGCUGAAAGUUACACAGAUAGGAUCCCAGCCCCGAGAAACCUCACGUCUUCCAUAAAGAACCCGUUUGAUGUGACGUGGUCAUGGAGCCCCCCAGACGGUGUAGCUGCAGACAAAGGCUGUAUAAAAUAUGAGUCUUCAUUAAACUCUAAAAAUCAUGUCAGGGAUUUCAGUCUGUCUCGGGAAGUUUACUUUGCUUUGAAUGAUGAAAUUCAUUUCCAUGUGAAAGCAUUUAAUAUUUGUGAUUCCAGUAAGGACGGUGAAUGGGCAAACAUAUCUCUACCAGCACCACCAGGCGAUGUAGAAAGUUCAGUGAAACAUUUCCAGUGUGUUAUCUAUGAGGAGGGAUGCAUGAACUGCACUUGGCAGCCUGGCACUAAACCACACUUCGCAUACAGCCUCUACUACUGGCAAACAAACCUGGGCGAACUGCAAACAUGCAGCGAAUACAUCGUGAGUGAUGGUGUGAGGCAGGGAUGCCAUUUCCACGAGUCCAGACAGCCGUGGAAUGCGUCCCGUAUUGUGUAUAUUCUAGUCAAUGGAUCCCAAGAUUAUGCUGAAGUCAGACCCUUCCACUCGGCGGUUGACCCACAGACAAUAGUGAAGCCUUAUCCUCCAAACAUUACAAGCAUAACGUUGAAAGAAAACAAACUCUUCGUUGAGUGGGCAGAACCAAGUCACUUCCCCACACGUUGCAUUGCCUUUGAUGUAAGAUACAAGGACAGCAUAUUGACACACUGGAAAGAUUUAACUGGAAUAAAAGACCCUAAAUUCAGCUUCGAUAUUGAGCUAAAGAAAAAAUACCUGGUUCAAGUGCGUUCCCAAUACAAUGGCUACUGUGGAAGCAAGAGCUCGGGUGAAUGGAGUGAAGUGAAACACUAUGGUGAAGCAGCUGAAACGGACCGGACUCUCUACAUUGUUGUGUUAAUUGUUGCUCCUCUUGUGGUCGCUGCAGCAGCUAUUACACUUCUGGUCUAUCUCAAAAGACUCCAGAUUUAUCUACUGCCUCCGAUCCCUGACCCAGGAAAGCUUUUCAAAGACAUGUUUGAAAGGAAUGGAGAGAUGUUGAACUGGACAAUGCAAGCAAAGGAAUGCCAGAUAUUCAUUCCUAAAGAAGAAGUCUGUAUCCCAGUCCUGGUGGAGGUGGAGCAGGAACUGGAAUGCAUAUUGGAUUAUCAGAACCUGAAGAGAACCGGAACUGGAAAAGGAUCCGAGGAGUUAUUGUGAGACCUUUUAGAAGUACAGACUGAAUCUGACCAUCCCUUUGAGAUCCUUACCUCAGUGGUGAUAUGUAGCUACCUUAUGGCUUUGUAUGUGAGGAAAACAAACACGCUGCAGUUUCAGCAUGUGGCCACCUUAUGACACUGCCUCAGUUGCUAACAUAACAAAAUAAAUGAAUGCAAAUAAAAAAAAUAAUAAUAAUAUUUGGGCAAUCCUAUAAAUGCAACAGGAAAUGACAGCACUGGUAAUCUGUUUUGGAUGAGUCGAGUGCAAAUAGCAGAAGUAAAAACUUUUGCAAGUGAAAUUGCAUGUACUGUAUGUGCGAACAUGUUCUCUAUAAGUGCACAUUGUUAGUCCUUGUGAGGGGUGUUCACAUACAAGUGAGGGGAUCCGCUGAUCGACAGAGACAGAAAACCAGCAGGUGCAGUGGUAGGGGGCGGCCACUAGGAUACCAGCAAUGGUAGCCCCAGUGCAAGAGGACAUAUACAAAAAUGUACAUCCAAAAAAGUUAAAAAAAAUAAAAAAAAAACAGUGGGCAAAACAGCUUAAAACAAAGGUUUGCCAUCAUGUGGCUCGUCGCUGCUGCCACUAUAAGGGAGGUACCUCCAGGAACCUUCUCCCUGACACAAAUAUAAAUAUACUUUCGUGGGAUUCAAAUUCCUUGAAAUGAAUCCCUCUUCUAAACACUGGAACCCCGGUCUACACCUGGUCGUUCCUGUGUUUGCUCACCCUGGAUAUUUGUACAGCCAGUACCGACAAACUUGCCUUCCCAGACUAUUCCUGCUUGUAAAUUAAUAAAUGGGCUUUUCACUCCUUUUUAAAGGUGUGUGGCCAGGGUUCAUUGGUAAUUAAUGAGUCAAUCAACACCUGGCCACAUGCUGCAUAUGAAUUUAAAUUAGGCACAGGGGGAAUUCUAACCUCCCAGCCCUGCCAUAUCUAGCACAAAUGGUAUUUGAAUUCUAUUGUAUUUUAUUUACAAUUAAACAAAACCCCACUAUUUACAGGUGAGGGCCUCAGCCCUGCGACAAUCCCUGAAACAUAAAAGGAGAGAACUGAAUUCAUGGGGGUGAAAAAAGCUCAGUAUUUAAAACCUUGAAAUAAAAAGAAACGUCAGUGACUUUAUUCUGACAGAAAAUAUAUAAGUCAGCAGGACAGAAUUAAUUAAAAAUUAUAUAAAAGCAAGUUACCACUCAAGUACAGUACAUUUAGUCCAGUAAUGCCUGAUUGCUACAUUACAAAUAUCUGUAUGUACAGCAGGUCUAAUAAGUGCAUCUGUCACAAUGACCCAGUUUAUAAUGUAUUAAUAACAUUCUGUAUGUAGUGCAUGAUCCGCUGCCACCAGCCUGAAGAAAUAAGGAUGCCCACAGUAAUGACCUGAUUGCAGGGUCACUGCAGUGGUUAGGAACAUAAGAAAGUUUACAAACGAGAGGAGGCCAUUCAGCCCAUUUUGCUUGUUUGGUUGUUAGUAGCUUAUUGAUCCCAGAAUCUCAUCAAGCAGCUUCUUGAAGGAUCCCAGGGUGUCAGCUUCAACAACAUUACUGGGGAGUUGGUUCCAGACUCACAAUUCUGUGUAAAAAAGUGCCUCCUAUUUUCUGUUCUGAAUGCCCCUUUAUCUAAUCUCCAUUUGUGACCCCAUUAGUUACUGCAUUAGUUGUUUUACUUUCACAAAAAUUGUGUUUUUGGUGUAAACACCUAGAUACAAGUGUUCCAAAGACCUGUGUUUGUGCUGCCCAGAUUACUGCACUCACCUUAAACCCUGUCCCGCUGUUUCCAUGUGAAGUCCCAUGAAGAUACAAGGACACUGUACUAAUACUAAUGAUGCACAACAGGGCUGUGUGGCCUGGGGCCCUGUAACCACUGGGGUCAUUAAGUGCCUGCUAGAAAUCCUCUUGGCAUCUCUAGCUAACCAGGGCAUUGUCUUUCUGUGUCAUGAGACUGUACAAAACCAAGUCACCCUCAAGCUUACAUGCACACCCAUUCCAUAAUAACGCCUGUUAUACAAAGUACAGUAAAAGAGGGUUGCUUUGUACUAGUUACUAGUUAUUCUGGUUUGGUUUGCUGGAUUUAUACAAUGGUGUUGAUACAGUGUCAUAUAGCACACAAUGGGCUAUCACAAAGCUUUCUUUUGACAAAAAGCAUUGAUGUUACAGAUCUGAUCUGCUAAAAGCUGCAAACUUGUGUUCUCUGUGUUUUAGAGCGUCUAGUUUGCCAUGUAUUGGUUUUUGGUGUAUUCUGUCAUAUUGCUUUUCUUAAAGGGGGGCUGAAGAAGGUGUUGGUUUAAGCAGGGAAUACAUGGGAAAUGUGUAUUUUUAUUUUGUUUAAUAAAGAUUGAUCUCUA